UUACUUACAGCACAGUGUGGCCAACUUUCAAAAGGAAUAGUCCAGUUUCUGAACCAUUUUUUGUAAAAGAAGACAUUUGGAAUAACUUCUUGCUUUGAUCCUCGGGAUUGUUAGGUCUUUAAGUCCCAGUUAAGAUGAGCUGUAUCCCCGCCUCGCACAGUAUGAACACUAUUCUCAGUCAAGUGGAAUCUCAGUUGGAGGAGAGUCCAAUUCAGAGAAGAGGCAGCAAAGCCUACCAGAUCUUCCCUGAGGCCAAUAUGAAUGAUGAGUCAGACUCCAGCUCCUAUCCUGACGACUUCCUCUACAAGAGGGAGCGUCUCCCCUCUAUAGUUGUGGAGCCCAGUGAGAUGGAGAAUGGGGAGCUGUGCUGGUCUCCACGAUGCCUAAUGAACAACGGUGUGGAGGAGGAUGAAGAGGAGGACAGCGGUGCCGGUCACACAGAGGGCUCUGUGGAUGGGGAGCAGCAGGAGGACAUGGGAAUGGAGGACGGCUCAGUUGGCAGAAAGUCUUCUAUUGGACCGUCCCAGAGUCAACUGUCCCUCUCUCGGCUGACCCCGCCUGCUUCCCCCACCCCCCCUGAAGCUGCCCCACCCUGCCUGAGGAGCUGAACCAGAGCAACCAGCAUGAACUGAUGCCACUGCAGUUAACGUGGACUGUGUGUAACCUUUGUGAUAUGUAACCACUGCAUGUCUGACUGUCCCAACAAAAGAAAAACCCUUUGGGAAGGUUGAGAUACUUGCACAUGUGAAAAUAUUUGGACUAAGCAAGGACCAUUUCAAAACAACCAGUACUGCUUUUUGGUAUGACAGCUCUAAUUUGAAAUAAUCUGUGGUUAAUUGCUGCAAUUUGCUGCUACUGUAUCUGACACUGUGGACAGACGGUAACCAGAUACUAUAGCAACAACCUCCACGACCUCUCAGGGUGGUUUCUUUCCUCUGUGACUCAUCUAAUCUAAUCCUACAGCAAAUAAGCAUGUGAUGAAUGACUAUCAGGCCCAGUUUACUAAACACUAGCAUGAAAGCCUGGCCCAGGCCCAACAUGUCUGUUAUGGCUGUUACUGUAGUAAUGAGAGCUCCAGCUGUGUCAUGGAGUCACUCAGUCAUGACAUCAGUGGACCAACAAAAAGGAGGACACCUCCAUUAUUUCCAAAAAGGAAUAGCUGUAGCGGCCUAUGUGGGUGAGGGGGAGCUUUUGAAGUUUGUCCCUGUGGUCAAGUUCAGGGAUGAGACUAAUGACUCUGAAUGGUAAUGUUUGAACUAAGGUCUGACCAGUUUGGUUUGGAUAUACACCACAUUUUGUGGCAUCAUUAAAUAUUGUUAAAUGACAAUGUCAAAUAAUUCAGUCUUUAUGUCAAGGUGAACAAUCCUCUUUAAUGGAAUUUGGACCAUGUUGGGACACCACAUGUCUAAAUUCAAACCAGCAUUGGGAAGACAUACUGCAGUUAUAGUGACCUUAUUCAUGUGUGCAGACCUUUCAAAGCAUCAAAUAUCAUUCUGGAGAGUCAACCAGUGUAAUAUUGAAAUAUACUGUAUAUAAACAGUUACAGUGAUUAGCUACUAUCAUUUUUUAUUGAAAUGCUGCUGGAUAUAUCAACAACUUCAAAAAGUUGUAGGAAAAGUUGUAGGUCCACACCUAUUUAAAAAAGUGAUGAUAUUUGUAUGACUGUUGAGAACUUGAGUGUUAAUUGUUUUUUAUAACCUAAGUUGUUUGGCAUGCUGCUUUUUCCUCCAGCUUGAACGAAAAAUGAAGUUCCUGAAUUAUUGCUAUACAUUUUAGUUUUUCACAAAUGCAGACAUUUUAUUUGCAUCACGUCC